CGAGCGUGCCCGAAGUUUCAACUCGGAGGAUGUAACAAUGGCUACCAAGCUGCUUCCUCUGCGUAAGCUUUCAAGGAUACUGAAGGUGCCGUCUUUUUUAUCUUCUUCCUCCUCUUCUUCUUUCAGGAAGUAUUCGUAUCUUCUAGAAUCUACAAGACCUCUCCUCGAUCUCUCCGAUAAUGUUCAUCAAUUUCAUCCUCCGUCUUUUUCUCGAAGUUUCUGCUCCCGCCCUCUGGAUUUCGUCGGCGAUGAUUCUCGAGGCCCUGCCACCAUUGAUUAUAGUUCCCUGAUGCAGGAGGGAGAGUUUCAUAGGUUAGCUGAUUCCACAAUUCAUGGACUGCAAGAGAAAUUAGAGGAAUAUGGUGAUGAUCUCCAAAUUGAUGGCUUUGACGUAGAUUAUGGGAACGAGGUACUGACCCUAAGGCUCGGCUAUCUUGGCACGUACGUCUUGAACAAACAAACGCCUAACAGACAAAUUUGGCUUUCUUCUCCUGUGAGUGGUCCGUCCAGGUUUGAUUGGGAUCAGGACUCACAGGCUUGGAUUUAUAGGCGGAGCAAAGCAAACCUGUUGAGACUUUUAGAAACUGAAUUGACGCAGCUAUGUGGUGAGCCAAUUAAUCUUUCUUGAGCCUUUCGAAUUACUUGGACAUGAUAAGGUUAUUCUGAAGCAUUUAGGCGCAUGUUUAUGCAGCUUGUUCAGUUUGGUCCACCUUCUUAAGUAUCCCAGAGCCCCCAUCUUUUUUCUCGUUUUCACUCUCUGUUGCUUAUUAUAUGCAAUAAUAUGAUAUAGUUUCUAGUGUUUCAACUUUACCUAUUUAUGAUCCACUUGAGCUAUAUUCAAACUUACCGAGAUAUAAUUAAUCUUUUAGAA